ACAGAGAGCGGCAGCGGGGAAGAUGCGCUUGCUCGCCUCUUGCUGGACGCACAGAGGCGAUGAAGAUGAUUUGACUUUGGAAUCCCAGCGCAAAACAACCUUAGCCCAGCACCUUCCUCUUUUUUGAGUGCUUAUUCGCUAGUUUAUUUAUGUAUGUUUAAUUUAAUCUUUCUAAACCACCCGCUGAAAACAUAACCUGUUAGUUAAUUAAGGUAAUUGGAGCGUCGGACUUUUCCUCUCUUUUUUUUUUUUCUUUUUAAAUUAAAUAGAGUUUAGGCAGUUGAACCUUCCGUUGUUUAAUGAUCUGUUCGUGCAUGCCUCUGACUCAGCAUCACUCACACACACACACACACACACAUACGCGCGCGCGGGCGAGCGCGCGCUCACACACCUGGUCUUCACCCCCUCAGCAUCCUUUUGAGAAGCAGCAAGGCGCGGAGCAGAUGAGAGUGUGCACAGCACUCCCCGAGACAAUCACCGGGCUCACUGAUGCUCCAAAAGUGGGGCAAAAAAAAGUAGCAAGGACAAAUUAAAAGUACAAGACUCGGGGCAGUUUGCUUGAAGACAAAUGUUUAACAUCACCCUAAACGCUCUGAAGAGAACCCCAGGAAGGCACCGGUGUGAGGAAGAAGAGCAAGCAUAGCUGUGGGGGGAUUGAAUGGAGCAGGGCAUGUGGAUAUUGGCUUUUACCUUGUUCCAGAGCAUCUUGAAUGUUUUCAGUGAGGACCUCCAUUCCAGCUUAUACUUUGUCAAUGCAUCGCUUCAAGAGGUAGUAUUCGCCAGCACCACAGGGACUUCAGUGCCCUGUCCUGCUGGGGGUGCAGCUCCCGCCUCACUGCGCUGGUACUUAACCACCGGUGAGGAGAUCUAUGAUGUCCCGGGCAUCCGCCAUGUCCACCCCAAUGGAACGCUCCAGAUCUUCAACUUCCUGCCAUCCAGCUUCAGCAAGCUGAUCCAUGACAACACGUACUACUGCACUGCGGAAAACCCCACGGGCAAGAUUAGGAGUCAGGAUGUCCACAUUAAAGCUGUUUCACGGGAGCCCUACACGGUCAGAGUGGCUGACCAGAAGGCUAUGCGAGGCAGUGUAGCCGUCUUCAAGUGCAUUAUCCCUGCUUCUGUUGAGUUCUACGUCAGCGUUGUAUCAUGGGAGAAAGACACGGUCUCACUCAGCUCAGGACAAAGAUAUCUCAUCACACCUACAGGAGCCUUGUACAUUCUGGACGUCUUGCCUGAAGAUGGGCUGAAUAACUACCGCUGCACCACGCGUCACCGCUAUACUGGGGAGACUCGCCAGAGCAACAGCGCCCGUCUCAUUGUGUCAGACCCCACCAAUGCUGAACCAGACAUCUUGGACGGCUUUGACCACCGGGACGUGAUGAUUGAUCAUCGGGUGGAGCUGCCCUGCAAGGCGUCUGGCUACCCGUUCCCCAAGUACCGCUGGCUCAAGGACAACAGCCCACUGGAGUCGGACAGUCGCUUCCGCCAGACCAUCACGGGCUUACUGAUCGAGAGCACGCAGUCUAGUGACUCUGGGACAUACGUCUGUGAAGUUUGGAACAGCUAUGGCAACGCCGAGGUCAUGGGGCACCUCCAUGUCAGACAGCCCUUGAAGGCCAUGGUCAGCCCUCGGAAGGUGAAAGGCAGCGUGGGCAGCAAGGUGUCUCUGUCCUGCAGCGUGAGUGGCGCUGACGAGUACGAGCUGUCGUGGUACCGCAAUGGAGAGAUCAUCUACCCCGGCAACAACGUCCGUUUCACCGGUCUCAACCGGGAAAAUCUCAUCAUGGAAGGAAUGUCAAAGAGUGAUGGCGGGGCCUAUCAGUGCUUCGCCACGAAGGGCAAAAUGUCCGCUCAGGACUUUGUGCAAGUCAUCCUUGAAGAUGGCACGCCAAAGAUCCUCUCCUCCUUCAGCGAAAAGGUGGUGAACCCCAACGAGCCCGUCUUCCUGGUGUGCAACGUCAAGGGCACGCCGCCGCCCCGGUGCAUGUGGUCGCUGGACGACGACCCCGUCAUCAAAGACAGCCACCAUCACCUGGGACACUACGAGACCCACGAGGGCCACGUGGUCAGCCAGCUCAACGUGACGCACACGCAGGUGCAGGACGGCGGCGUGUACCGGUGCACGUGCAGCAACUCGGCUGGCCUUGUGUACCACCAGGCUCGAAUAAACGUAAGAGGCCGUGCCAGCAUCCGUUUGAUGAAAAACGUCACCGCCAUCGCGGGACGGGAUGCCUUCAUUCACUGCCGUGUGAUCGGCUAUCCUUACUAUUCCAUCAAGUGGUACAAAAACUCUGCAUUGUUGCCAUUCAACCAUCGACAGCGAGCCUUCGAAAACAACGGCACGCUGAGGCUCACAAAUGUGCAGCAGGGAGACGCCGGAGAGUAUAACUGCAAAGUGAUGGUCCAACCCAACAAGAUGGACUCCCAAAGUGUCCACCUCCGUGUAAGAGUCCCUCCCUACAUUCAGCCCUUUGAGUUCCAGCGAUUCACCAUCGGUCAGCGUGUCUUCAUCCCCUGUGUGGUCAUGUCGGGUGACCGGCCUCUAGACAUCACAUGGCAGAAAGAUGGACGACCUAUCCCGACUAGCCUGGGAGUGACCGUAGAUAACAUCGACUUCACCAGCUCACUGAGAAUCUCCAACCUGACACCUGACCACAAUGGCAACUAUACGUGUAUCGCCCGCAAUGAGGCGGCCGCUGCGGAGCACCAGAGUCAGCUCAUUGUUCGAGUUCCUCCUCAGUUUGUGGUUCAGCCCGAGGAUCAAGACGGGAUCUACGGGAAAACUGUCACUCUCAACUGCUCUGCCGAAGGAUACCCACCACCCACCAUUGUAUGGGAGCACUCCAAAGGUGCAGGCGUCCCCUUGUUUCAGCCAAUCCUCCUGAACAGUGGCUCUCGCAUCCAGCAGCUGAGUAACGGUUCGUUGCUGAUCAAACACGUGCUGGAGGACGACAACGGCUUUUACCUGUGUAAGGUCAGCAACGACGUGGGCGCUGACGUCAGCAAGUCCAUGUACCUCACUGUCAAAAUCCCGGCCAUGAUCACAUCCUAUCCCAACACCACACUGGCCACGCAGGGGGAGGAGAAGAAGAUGAGUUGCAUAGCACAUGGGGAGAAGCCCAUCAUGGUGCGCUGGGAGAAAGAAGAACGCAUCAUCAACCCUGAGACCAGCCGGUACAUAGUCACCGUCAAGGAGGUGACCGACGAAGUCAUUUCAACGCUGGUGAUAAUGCCCACCGUACGCGAGGACUCUGGUUUCUUCUCCUGUCACGCCAUCAAUUCCUUUGGAGAAGAUCGAGGAAUCAUACAGCUGACUGUGCAAGAGCCUCCUGACCCUCCUGAGGUAGAGAUCCGGGAAGUCAAAGACAGAACCAUAGCACUUCGCUGGACCAUGGGCUUUGAUGGCAACAGCCCCAUUACAGGAUAUGACAUAGAGUGCAAGAACAAAACAGCUUCGUGGCUAUCAGCCCAAGUCACCAAAGAUGUGUCACCACAGCUCAACCAGGCCACCAUCAUUGACCUCCACCCUUCUUCCACCUACAACAUCCGCAUGGUUGCCAAGAACGUCAUCGGCAACAGCAACCCGAGCAACGAACUCACCAUCACGACCGAUGAAGCCGCUCCUGACGGUCCUCCACAGGAAGUCACUCUGGAGCCCACCUCCCCGCAGAGCAUCAAGGUUUCCUGGAAGCCUCCCAACAAGCACUUGCAGAACGGCGUGAUCCGAGGCUACCAGGUGGGCUACAGGGAGUACAGCCCCGGUGGAAGUCACCAAUUCACCAUCAUCAGCCUGGACACCACAGGAGACAUCAUGGAGAGCAUUGUGCUGGACAACUUGAAGAAGUUCACGCAGUACAGCGUGGUAGUCCAAGCGGCUAACCGGGCCGGGACAGGACCAUCCUCACAGCAGGUGGUCACUAAAACUUUAGAGGAUGUGCCAUCUCGGCCUCCUGAAAAUGUGCUGGCCGUGGCCAAGUCCCCCGAGGUUAUCUCACUCUCCUGGAUUCAGCUUCCAAGAGAGGCUCUCAAUGGCAACUUGCAGGGCUACAGAGUCAUCUACUGGGCAAACCUGCCUGAUGGAGAACUCGGAGAAAUCAGAAACGUAACCACAGGUCAGCCGUCUCUGGAACUGGAUGGUCUGGAGAAGUACACGAACUACAGCAUCCAGGUGUUAGCCUUCACCAACGCCGGAGAUGGUGUUCGCAGUGAACAGAUCUACGUGCGGACCAAAGAGGAUGUUCCUGGUCCCCCUGCAGGCGUGAAGGCCGCUGCCUCCAGCAGUUCUGUGGUAUUCGUAUCCUGGCUGCCUCCUCUCAAACUCAACGGCAUCAUCAGGAAAUACAUCGUCUUCUGCUCGAACCUGCAUCCGAUGGUAAUAGUAAUGAGCGAGUUUGAAGCCUCUCCCGACGCAUAUUUCUACAGGAUCCCAAAUCUGGCUCGGAACAGGCAGUACAGCAUCUGGGUGGUGGCUGUGACUGCUGCUGGUCACGGCAACAACAGUGAGAAGAUCACAGUGGAACCUCUGGCUAAAGCACCAGCCAGAAUUUUAACCUUCAAUGGUACAGUGACCACUCCUUGGAUGAAGGACAUUGUCCUACCAUGCAAAGCUAUUGGGGACCCUCCUCCCACAAUCAAGUGGCUCAAGGGAAACACCAAUGGGACGCCGACGCCUGUCCUGGUGGACGGUCGACGAAGUGUCCACACCAAUGGCAGCUUCAUCAUCCGCACAGUCAAAGCAGAGGAUUCUGGGAACUACAGCUGCGUGGCCAGCAACAACUGGGGCUCGGACGAGAUCACGCUUAACCUGCAGGUUCAAGUGCCUCCCGAUCAGCCACGUCUCACAGUGACUAAGACCACCACCACUUCAAUCACGUUGUCGUGGAUACCGGGAGACAAUGGCGGUAGCUCCAUCAGAGGAUACAUCCUGCAGUACUCAGAGGACAACAGCGAGCAGUGGGGUAGUUUUCCCAUCAGCCCCAGCGAGCGUUUGUACCGUCUGGAGAACCUGAAGUGUGGCACUUGGUAUAAAUUCACCCUGACGGCCCAGAAUGCUGUUGGGCCGGGCCGAAUCAGUGAGAUCAUUGAAGCUAAAACUCAUGGAAAAGAACCGCAGUUUGCCAAAGAACACGAACUCUUCACCUGCAUCAACUCCACUCGGGCCAGACUCAAUCUGGUUGGCUGGAACAAUGGCGGCUGUCCAAUCACCUCCUUCAUUCUCGAGUACAAAGCCGUGGAGUCGGCCACCUGGACCACAGCUCAGCGCACGUCGUUGACCAAGAGCUACAUCCUGUACGACCUGCAGGAGGGCACCUGGUAUGACUUGCAGAUGAAGGUCAUCAACAGUGCUGGCUCAGCAGAAAAGAAGCUCACCUUUGCCACUCUCAAUGCGGAUGGAAGUACAAUUCCUCCUCUGCUGAAAACAGGCGAUCCCAUCUCAGACAAUAUGUCAGGCAGCGGAGGUCUGAAAAUGGUGGUGACCAUCACAUCCAUCCUGGUGGUGGCCGUCCUGGUGUUCAUCAUGCUUAUGGUGCUGAAGAGGAGACGUCGGGAGCAGAGGCUCAAAAGACUCCGAGAUGCCAAAAGCCUGGCAGAAAUGCUAAUGAGUAAGAACACGCGGACGCCAGAAAACGUGAACAAACAGCAACAGACACUAAGAAUGCACAUCGAUAUUCCGAGAGCGCAGCUGCUUAUCGAGGAGAGGGACACCAUGGAGACAAUUGAUGACCGAUCAACAGUGCUGUUGACCGAUAACGACUUUGGUGACACAAAUAAGCAGAAGUCGUCCACAGUGACGCACACAGUCCACUACCAGUCUCUUUCCCAGGCCACUGGACCACUGGUGGACGUGUCCGAUGCCAGGCCCGGAACCAGUGAGUCCCACCAUUAUCCCACUGCCAGACGCACUGCCAAAGCUGGCCCUGCCGCAGCGCGAAGCCGCUACGCCAGCCAGUGGACUCUGAACAGGCCACACCCCACCAGCUCUUCACACACGCUGACCACUGACUGGAGACUCCCCACGCCACGCACUACUGGAUCUGUGGACAAGGAGAGCGACAGCUACAGUGUCAGCCCGUCACAGGACACAGAUCGAGCCCGAAGCAGCAUGGUGUCGACCGAGAGUGCCUCCUCCACCUACGAGGAGCUGGCCAGAGCCUACGAGCACGCCAAGAUGGAGGAACAGCUCCGCCACGCAAAGUUCACCAUCACCGAGUGCUUCAUCUCGGACACCUCCUCCGAGCAGAUGACGGCAGGGACCAACGACUACACCGACAGUCUGACCUCCACCACGCCGUCCGAGUCGGGCAUCUGCCGCUUCACCGCCUCGCCACCCAAACCUCAGGAUGUCAGCCGCGUUAUGAAUAUGGCCGCGCCCAAGGCGCACAGACCCGGAGGAGAGCUGGUUCACUUGCCGCCUUACCUACGCAUGGACUUCCUUUUGAACCGCGGCGUGCCCCGAGGUGGGGGGGCGAGCAGCAGCGGCACAGGCGGAGGAGUUGGUCCCGGAGUGGGCGGAGGUGCUGCUGGGGCUGCGGGAGAAACAAGAGGAGGCGCAGGAGGAGGAGCCAUGGGCCAGACCUGCCUGGAGCCCCAGAGGAGCCGUACCCUCAAGAGGCCCCCUCCAAUGGAGCCCACCCCAAUGGAAGUGCCCUCGCCCAGGGAGGUGCAGCAGUGGCAGCCGGGAACGGCGUCCACCCUCCCGCACAGGGAUGUCCGGGAACGGGGAGAGGCUCGGGGUGAGGUCCGAGCAGAAGUCCCCCCAACUGGAGACCUGACCCAAGCACAGGCUGCUAAGCUCAGCACCUCUCAGGAGUCCCUGCUGGACUCCAGAGGACACCUGAAACAAAGCAACAACCCCUAUGCCAAGUCUUACACUCUGGUAUAACACUGGGAUGACUCUGCAGACACACUCUUGGAUGACGUGCACACAAAGGAUGGUUUUCCACAAUACACUUUGUUGUAUAUAGAGCUGUUUUCUGACAUGCGUCUGAUGGUGAUGCUUUUCUUUCUCAUCUUCUUUCAUUCUUUGACUCUGUCUCUUUUUCUUUCAUUUUUUUCCUCUAUCGCUCUUCUGUGUUGCUUUGACACUUUUCAUUCUCUCGCACCUCUUUGGGAUCUCACAGCUUUUAUUUUCUACUCGACUAUUCUUUUAUUCUAAAGUGACGACACAAGAGGAUUGCCAAAAUGAUUUAUUUAAUAAUUGAGAAAGAGAAAAAAAAAAGCUAUUGAAUUUAUAUCAACGAUAAUUAUAGUCAUUAUUAUGAUUACUAUUAUUAGAUAUAUAUAUAUAUAUAUAUAUAUAUAUAUAUAUAUAUAAACAAAAUUAAAAAAGAAGUGUAAUGGAGGAAGUUCGCAAAGCACUCUGAAGGAGAACAAUGCUUUCAUAAUUUAUUUUCAUUGUCAAACCAAGUUUGAUGAUUGGCCGACCAAGGAGGUUUUUUUGCCCUCUGAAGAGCCAAUAGAGAAGAGUGACGCCAACGUCGAUCAAUCGGAAUGUUUAUCCACCUUUCCUGGCAACUGCAUGGCAGGAAAUCACAAGAAAAGUCUUCUUUUUUUUGUCACUAUGAAAAAAAUAUAUACAAUGUGAAUAUAUAUAAAGAGAUCACUUUUAUUUGUGGAUAUUACGGGGGAAAUGAUUUGGUUAAUAAAGUCCUUAGUCAUGUUUGCACA